GUAGGUUGUCAACUAAAGGGUUUGGUUACUGUUGCUGCUGCAAUGAAAACAUCGGCAGUGGAUGAUGAGAGUGGAUUCAGUUCAUUAAUUACCCAGAUUUGAGUGUGUGUGUGUGAGUGCAUGUGAGCGUGCGCGUAUGUUUGCGUGGCAAGCAUGUAGCAUGCGCCGUUUCCCGCAGCGACCAGGCUCCUCCGGGGACCCCCCACCGGCGCCGGCCCCCCCAUGCGCUCCCCUCGCUGAGCCCCGCUGGCCCCGCCUCCUCCGCCGCCAUUCGUCUUCAUGAAGAUUCCUGAUAUCGGUGAUGUGAUGAAUAAAUUUGAGGUCCUUGGGAUCGUAGGUGAAGGAGCCUAUGGAGUGGUGCUGAAGUGCCGGCACAAGGAGACAAAUGAAAUUGUGGCCAUUAAGAAGUUCAAGGACAGCGAAGAGAAUGAGGAGGUCAAGGAGACGACGCUGCGGGAGCUGAAGAUGCUCCGCACUCUGAAGCAGGAGAACAUAGUGGAGCUGAAGGAGGCCUUCCGCAGGCGGGGCAAGCUCUACCUGGUCUUCGAGUAUGUGGAAAAGAACAUGCUGGAGCUGCUGGAGGAGCUACCCAACGGGGCGCCACCUGAGAAAGUGCGAAACUACAUCUAUCAGUUAAUCAAAGCAAUUCACUGGUGCCAUAAGAAUGACAUCGUCCACAGGGACAUCAAGCCUGAAAAUCUCCUCAUCAGCUCCGACGACGUCCUCAAGCUGUGUGACUUUGGCUUCGCCCGUAACCUGUCAGAGGGGAGCAAUGCCAACUACACAGAGUAUGUGGCCACACGCUGGUACCGAUCUCCUGAGCUCCUGCUGGGGGCCCCCUAUGGGAAGGCGGUGGACAUGUGGUCGGUGGGCUGUAUCCUGGGAGAGCUGAGCGACGGGCAGCCCCUGUUCCCGGGCGAGAGCGAGAUCGACCAGCUCUACACCAUCCAGAAGGUUCUGGGGCCGCUGCCCCCGGAGCAGAUGAAGCUCUUCUACAACAAUCCCCGCUUCCACGGCCUGAGGUUCCCCGCAGUGAACCAUCCGCAGACCCUGGAGCGGCGGUACCUGGGGAUCAUCAGCGGGGUCAUGCUGGAUCUGAUGAAGAACCUCUUGUUGCUGAACCCGUCGGAACGCUUUCUGACCGAGCAGAGUCUGAACCACCAUGCCUUCCACACCCUGCGUCUCUUGGACCGGACCGCCCCACCCUCGCCCACACCACCGCGUUCCUCCAAGAGAAAGCCUUACCACGGCGAGAACAACGCCUCCAACAGGAACCACGGGGGUAAGAGCUCAGGACACCACCGUUCCAACAGCAAGGACUGCUCCAGCCUCCCCCGCCACGAGGACCUGCACCCCAGCAACGACAGCUUCCUCAAUGGCAACAUGCCGGCCUCUGCCAGCCUCAGCCCCACCCUGCACCCCAAGACCUACCAGGCCCAGUCGCUCAACCGCUCGGCCUCCAGCACCAAGGACCUGGCCAACAACAACCUGCCCCACCUGCUCAGCCCCAAGGACACCAAGGGCAAGACCGAGUUCGACUUCAACGUGGGGCCCAAGGCUGGCGACGGCCCCGGCGCCAAGUACCUGAAGUCCAACUCGCGCUCGCAGCAGAACCGCCACUCCUUCAUGGAGGGCAAGACAAGCACGCUGCAGUCCGGGGAGAAGCACAGCCGCCACAGCUACAUGGAGACCUCCCACGGCUCCAUGCCCUCCUCCACCAAGAGCGCUGCCUCCUACCUGAGCCUGUCCAAGAGCCACGGCGCCCUCAGUGACGCCAAGUCGGUGGGCAACCUGAGCGAGGCGCGGCUGCACCCGGACGACCCCGGCACCCGCUACUUCCCCUCCAGCUGCAUGGACCUGAACAUUCCGGGCAGCCCGUCGGGGCGCCACGGCGACCGGCCCGCCCUUAGCCCCGCCGGCCGGAGCAACGCCCGCAUGGAGAGCGGGACGCUGGACUCGCGGCGCCCCUCAACCCGCCACAAAAACCUGGAGGAGGCCGUGUCCCCGGAGCUGCUGGAGGGGGGCGGGGGAGGGGGCGGGGGCGGCGGGGGUGGCGGGGGCGGCGGCAGCCACUCCCACUCCCUCUCCGCCCCGCACGAGUCCUUCCCCUACGGCCUGGGCUACACCAGCCCCUUCUCAUCACAGCAGCGGCCACACCGCCACUCCAUGUACGUGCGGCGCGAGCGACACCGGGCCCACGGCCCCGACACCGGCCUGGUGGUGGGCCAGGGCAUGCCCACGCGGGCCAGCAGCCUGCAGCUGCUGUCCCCCCAGCUCCAGCACCGCACCCUUACCCGCCACUCGGGGAGCUCCUCCCGGGAGGACUGUACCGAAGACGUCAGCAGGAGUGACCAGUCCCCCACUGAGGUGACCCACACCCGACCCCCGAUUAAAGACUCCACGCGGGACAACACAGCACCCUUUCACACACAGCGUCAAAAAAGCGAGGUCGGCAUGUACCACGAUUCGCACCCCGAGGACGGAGCCUCGUCCAAGGAGAACCGCAUCAUCUACAGCGACUCCAUGCCCCGGCGAGUGGGCAGCUUCUACAGGGUGCCCUCCCCCCGGCCGGACAACUCCUUCCACGAGAGCAGCGUCCAGGGCAGGGGGUCAGCGGGGGCCGGAGACGGCAGUGCCAUGACCAAUCACUCCAAGCGCCAGACGACCUUCGACCCCUGGAACAAUUCAGAGACGGUGGCCAUGAACCCUCCGGAACCUUCCAAAGAGAAGGAGAAGCAGGGCUUCUUCAGAGCAAUAAAGAAGAAAAAGAAGAAGUCUCAAACGACAGAAUUCGACGAUGGAAGGAAUCCGAGUAUCAAGAAAUGCCUUUUCCCUCUAUUUAAUUCAAAGAAUAACAUAAAGCUUAGCUUCUCUAUGAAAGUUCCUCCCGUAGUGUCCUCGCCCAUGCAGGUUCCGAGCGACGGGCAGGAUCACCUGGUCAUACAGAAGGCCGUCAGGUCCUCCACCCACCAGAGCAGCCGGCACAGGAACCGGGACCGCGACCGCGACCGUGACCGAGAGAGGGACCGCGACCGCGAGCGGGACCGAGAGCGAGAGCGGGAGAGGGAGAGGGAGAGGGAGAGGGAGCGGGAGAGGGAGAGGGAGAGGGAGAGAGAGAGAGAUCGAGAUCGGGACAGGGACAGGGACAACGACUGGCCCCCGGAGAAGCUGAGCGAAUCGCACUCCCAGAGCCAGCCGCUGAAGUCCCUGCGCAAGCUCCUGCACCUCUCCUCCUCAUCCUCCAACCAGGCCACGCCCUCCGAACUGCGCUUCCAGCCCCUGCCCAACCCCCCCUCCAAGGGAGGCUUCGGCGAGGGGCGUGGCCACCCGGGCGCCGCCGCUGCCGCCGCCGGCUCCGCCCAGCCCAAGAGCCGCCCAGCUGCCUACCCGCUCGCGGGGCAGAUCGAGUCCAACUGGCACGUGUCGGCACUGAACCGCGCUGAGGGCAGCGGCUACACGGAGCAGAUCCCCGGCAAGGCGGGCCAGAACGGGCCCGGCUUCGCCCGCUCGUCCCGCUCGCGGAUGCCAAACCUCAACGACCUGAAAGAAACCGCCCUGUAGAGGAGUUUCCGCCACCCCUCCGCCCCCCCC